AUGGCCAACGACACUUACUCCAAUUACGAAGUAAUCAUCGUCGGAGGUGGAACUGCCGCUGGCGUUAUUGCAGGCAGGCUGGCGGCGGCAGAUUCCAACCUACGAAUCCUCGUUCUCGAAGCCGGCCCGCACACCAGGGACCAGCUGAUUCACACUCAACCGGCGCGUUAUCUUGCCCACCUCGCGCCGACCAGCACUACCGUCAGAUUCUAUGUGGGAAAACCCAGUGAACACCUGGGCGGUCGCCAAGUUGUGGUCCCAUGUGGCGCCUGCCUCGGUGGGGGAUCGAGCGUGAACUUUGCGAUGUACACUCGUGCGAGUGCUUCAGAUUACGACGAUUGGAAGAACAUAUAUGGGAAUCACGGGUGGGGAUCAAACGACUUGAACCCGCUACUGCGUAAAACGGAGACUUACCAAGUCGCUGAAGGCAUGCCUACUCAUGGCUACGAUGGACCCUUAAAAGUAUCGUACGGUGGAGCAUUCAUCACCAUCGGACAAGAGUUCCUUGGCGUCGCUUCUGCGUAUGACCCUGAUCGUCCCAUUCUCGAAGACAUCAACUCGCUUUCCGCAGGCAACGGUUACGGGCGAUGGCAAAAGUGGAUAAGCGGCGACAAAGGAACCCGCUCCGAUGUCCCUCACCACUUCUUGUACAACCAGUCGCACAACAAUAACCUGGUCAUCGAAACUGGGUGCCUCGUUCGCCGCGUCCUCUUCGACGAUAAACGUGCGUCAGGAGUUGAAUACACAUACUCCCCGCGGGUGCGUCCAAACGAAGAUUGCAAAUCUAUCAGGAUCGCACGCGCCAGCAAACUCGUCGUUAUAGCCGCAGGCGCCUUGGGAUCGCCACAGGUCCUCGAACGUUCUGGUGUUGGCCGCAAGGAUGUGCUUGAUAAAGUUGGCGUCAACCAGAUCGUGGACUUGCCUGGAGUAGGGACUGAUUACCAAGACCACCAGGUCAUCUUUGCCCCUUAUCUGGCCCCGGAUACCUGUGAUACCUUGGAUGGCAUUGUUAGGAGUGACGAAACAGAGGUUCAGAGAUGGAACACUAUAUGGGAGAAAGAUGGUAAAGGUCUGAUGGCGCACAAUGCUCUGGACGCUGGUGGCAAAUUGCGCCCCACCAAUGCGGAGCUGCAACAGAUCGGCCCGGCGUUUGCAACUCGGUGGCAUGAAUAUUUCGCUACGGAAGACCAUCAGGAUAAGCCCGCCUACUGGAUCGGUGCGGUUGCAUUACUCGUAGGGGAUCCGAGUAGGUCACCAUACCGGAAAUACUUCUCUGUAGGAUACUUUCUGGAGUACCCCUCAUCCAGGGGUUAUAUCCAUAUUACAUCAAAGGAAAACGUUGAUGCUUCGCCAGAAUUCGAUCCUGGAUACUGUAGCAGACCAGAUGACCUAGAGCUUCUAAGCUUCUUAUACAAGAAAUCGCGCGAAUUUGCGCGGCGAAUGCCGUCAUAUCGUGGAGAGUAUCUCCCAGGCCAUCCACAGUUCCCGGAAGGCAGCAAGGCUGCCGUUUCCGAAUCUGGAACACCCGUUGCGAACGAUUCUCCGGACAUCCAAUACGACGAAAGGGAUGAGGAAGCCAUCCAGACAUACACUAGGGCCACAGUGGGGACAGCAUGGCACUCGCUUGGGACAUGCGCGAUGAAACCUAGAGAAGACGGAGGGGUCGUCGAUGCUGAUCUCAACGUGUAUGGGACGACAUGCCUCAAAGUGGCCGAUAUGUCGAUUGCUCCCGGUAAUGUCGGAGCUAACACGUACUCCACCGCACUUGUCAUUGGAGAGAAGGCGGCACUGAUCAUCGCUGAUUAUCUUGGGAUCAAGAGCAUAUAA